AGAUGUAAAGCAGGAAGAUGAAGUAUACAAUUUGUCCUUCAUAACAACUCCAAUGGCAGCGGCUGAUUCGUUUGACCAAGACAUCGUAUUUGCUCAAGACCUUAUAAAGUGUACCCUUUGCAGCAACAGUGUAGAACUUUACUGUAAACCAUGCGGCCUCAAUAUAUGUGGAGGCUGUGCAGGAAGGCAUAUGUUAUCUACACCCGAAAAGAAACACGAUAUUGUAAAAUACGAUAAAAAGUAUCUGACUAGUCCAAAACCUUCAUGUCCAAGUCAUGAAGACCAAAUCUGCGAGCUCUUUUGUGAAAAAUGUAAUAUCGCUGUCUGUGCAAAAUGCAUAUCUAGUAAGGCUCAUUAUAACCACAGCAUCGUUGAAAUUUCAGUUGUCUUCAAGCAAAAGGUUAAUUUCAUAAUUCAAGAAACGAAAUCGUUAGAAGAAAAAAUUGCCCCUGAGUAUGAGAAAAUUCCUAAAGACUUAGAUGGGAAGGUGAAAGCCUUGAUUAAUAGUAAUACAUUACUAAAGAAAGAAAUUACAAGUUAUGGUGAAGAAUUGCAGAAACAAAUCAAAGAAACAGUCAAUAAAUAUGUGGACCAAAUUGAAACGAUGGAAAAACAGGACAUUGCUGACUUGAGAAAUAGCAUUUCUAGAUUCCAGAAUAUUACAGGGGAAGUCAAUCAUGCCAUUCAACAAAACAAAGAAGUGUUGAAAGCCAACGAUGUUCAGAUAUUCGAUUAUCAGUCUGUUAUAAAAAAGUUUCAGAAAGUUCCACCUCGUAUUAACGUGACGCCGCCUUGUUUUAAACCUAGUCUUGACAAAGGAAAACUUUUUGAAAACAUUGGAAUGUUAUCUGUAUCGACUAAAAAGCAGGAAGAUGAAUAUUUAAUUCAGUUGACGGAUAGCUCCGGGGCUGUGUUACCCAUGGCCAGGUCUUAUUUCAGGGAGCUUCUCCCAAGACCCAUGAUUAUUGCAACAGUAGAAUGUAACUAUAAAGAGUUGUACAAAAUCAGUUGCGUUUCCAAGGAAGAAGCUUGGAUAAGUGGCAACGACAAAACGAUGACAAGAUUCAACAAAGCAGGAUCGGUCCUUGAGGUGAUGAAAACCAAGUCUGGACGCUCAACCAAUGGUAUUGCUGUAACGAAAACUGGGAACCUUUUGUAUGCAGAUUGUUACGGUAGAAAGAUUGAAAUGGUGAAGAAAGGGAAAGUAAAGUCGAUAAUCAAAACUGAAUGGAAGCCAACAGAGGUUAGCUGUACACCUACUGGAGACAUCUUAGUCUCGUUGUGGAAUGACAAGCCCAUGGACAACAAACUAUUGAAGGUUCAAAAGUAUUCUGGGGAUUCAUUUGAGCUGAAGCAAGAGAUCCAGUUUGAUGAGAAUGAUAAAUCGCUUUUCCGAUGUGCAGGGGAUCAUACAGCACUUGUCACUGCUGAAAACAGGAAUGGAGACAUCUGUAUAGCAGACUGGAAUGCUGGAUCCUUGCUUAUAUUGGAUAAAAGUGGCAAAUUGAAGACGACUUACACUGGCUUUCAGGGCAAGGUAUUUGAUCCUAGGUAUGUGGCCACAGACAGUCACGGUCACAUUCUAGUCUCGGACUAUGACAGCAACUGUGUACAUAUUCUCAAUGAGUCUGGUCAUCUCGUCUCUCUGAUUGAGUAUCUCAGAAAACCCGAGGGUAUAGACGUCGAUGAUGAUAAUAACCUGUGGUUGGUGGAAAGAGAAGGAAAACUUAAAAUCAUCAAAUACAUGGAGUAGAUCCUGGAUUAGUGAGUUCAUUAGCAGUGUGAUUGCUUUCAUGCCAUUAUUUCCAAAUGUAGUGGGUAAUGACAUCAUGAAUUGCAAUAGGGAAUAACUGUGCUUCUUUAUCGGCCGACCUGUUUUUAUUUAAUCAUAAAGUAGAUUUUAUUUGAAAUAAAACUAAUUGAGAAAAGCAUGUUGUGGCCUUCAGUUAAUUUGAAAUUUUAUCGGAUGAA